AUGCGAUGAAUAUUCUCAACAAAUCAUAAAGAUAUUGGUACACUAUACUUCAUUUUUGGAAUUUGAUCAGGACUUUUAGGUACCUCCUUAAGUUUAAUAAUUCGAACAGAACUAGGACAACCAGGAUCCCUCCUAAAUGAUGAUCAAUUAUAUAAUGUAAUUGUUACAGCUCACGCAUUUGUUAUAAUUUUUUUCCUUGUUAUACCAGUUAUAAUCGGAGGAUUUGGAAACUGAUUGGUUCCUUUAAUACUAGGAGCACCAGAUAUAGCAUUCCCACGAAUAAAUAAUAUAAGCUUCUGACUCUUACCUCCUUCUCUUACUCUUCUCCUUUCAUCUGCAGCAGUUGAAAGAGGCGCAGGUACCGGAUGAACCGUUUACCCGCCUCUUUCAAGAAAUUUAGCUCAUAUAGGACCUUCUGUUGAUCUAGCCAUUUUCUCACUUCACUUAGCAGGUAUUUCAUCAAUCCUUGGAGCCAUCAACUUUAUUACAACUAUUAUUAAUAUACGAUGAGAAGGUAUAUUAAUAGAACGACUUCCACUAUUUGUAUGAUCUGUAUUUAUUACCGCAAUUUUACUAUUACUAUCAUUACCAGUACUCGCUGGAGCAAUUACUAUACUUUUAACUGACCGAAAUUUUAAUACUACAUUUUUUGAUCCUAGUGGAGGAGGAGAUCCAAUUCUAUAUCAACAUUUAUUUUGAUUCUUUGGUCACCCAGAAGUAUAUAUUCUAAUUUUACCAGGAUUUGGUAUAAUUUCACAUAUUGUUUCCCAUUAUUCUUUAAAAAAAGAAACUUUCGGAAGACUCGGUAUAAUCUACGCAAUAUUAUCAAUUGGACUCUUAGGAUUUAUUGUUUGAGCACACCAUAUAUUUACAGUUGGUAUAGAUGUAGACACACGAGCAUAUUUUACAGCCGCCACAAUAAUUAUUGCAAUUCCCACAGGAAUUAAAGUAUUUAGUUGAUUAGCUACUAUCUAUGGUUCCCCUAUCAAAUACACUCCCCCCAUGUUAUGAUCAUUAGGAUUUAUUUUUCUAUUUACUACUGGAGGACUAACUGGUAUUGUUCUAUCUAAUUCAUCACUAGAUAUUAUACUCCAUGAUACAUACUAUGUAGUUGCACAUUUCCAUUAUGUAUUAUCUAUAGGAGCUGUUUUUGCCUUAUUUGCAGGAUUCACCCACUGAUAUCCUCUAAUUACAGGCCUAUCCUUAAAUCAACAAUAUACCAAAUCCCAUUUCUACAUAAUAUUCAUUGGAGUAAAUAUUACUUUCUUUCCACAACACUUUUUAGGAUUAGCAGGUAUACCACGACGAUAUUCAGAUUAUCCUGACUCCUACACCAAAUGAAAUAUAGUCUCAUCUAUAGGAUCACUUUUAUCACUAACUUCCAUUAUAUUUUUCAUAUUUAUUGUAUGAGAAAGAUUAAUUUCCCAACGAACUAUUAUUUGAUCAAACCACUUAAAUACAUCUUUAGAAUGAGACAACCGUCUUCCAGUCGAUUUUCAUAAUCAAAUAGAAACUGGAGCCUUAUUUAUUUAA